AUGAAGUACUCACUCCCCCUUGCCGCAAUCCCGCCCUUGGUAGCCGCGUCCGACAGUCUCCCCGAGAAUUUCAAGCAGGGAGCCAGAUGGCAGGUCGAAAUCCUAAGCCCUCUCCAAAUCUCCAAUACCACGCAGAAGCUGAUUCCCGACGCCGACAUUUGGGACAUUGACCUGUGGCAUGUUAAGAAGAAUCCUGACAUCAUCACCCAGCUCCAUAGGCUCGAAAAGACUGUCAUCUGCUACAUGAACCUGGGGGCCGUGCAGCCCGAGGACUGCGACUUCACGGACUGGUACAAGCCGGGCUCUGCAGAGGACAAGUGGAACGGCCCGUGGUACUACGACGCCAACUUCGACCCCAAUUCCACCCACAACGAAGACAACCGGUACUGCGAGCGCUACGUCAACUUUACCGACACCGCCGUGCUCGACCUCAUGAAGGGCCGCCUCAAAACCGCGCGCGACCUCGGCUGCGACGGCGUUGACCCGGACAACAUCGACAUCGCCGGCAUCACCUGGGGCGACAACGUGGAGGCGCCGUCACCGGACAAGGUCGCCGACGCGCUGGAGGCGCUCGCCGAGCACGCGCACAACAUGAUCUCGACGCGCGGCCACCGGUUCCUGAUCGGCCAGAAGAACGGCGCCGACCUCCCGGCGCGGCUCGCCAAGACCCUCGACUUUGCCGUCCUGGAGCGCUGCCUGGAGGAAGGGCUGUGCGACAAGUUUGGCGGGUACUUGGCGGCGGGCAAGCCGGUGAUUGACAUUGAGUAUCCCGCGUCGCUGCAGGACGAGACGGACGAGACGAACAAGUGUAACCUGAAUCGCAAGAACGACUGCGACAAAGGAGAUGAAAAGUGCCCGUGUAGGGACAUUUCGGGCGAGUCUUUCAAGAAGAUGGACAGGGUGAUCAAGUUGGACUUUACGGACUACGGGCUGAAUGGGUGCACGCAGUACUGCGAUUCGGGGGUGGUGGUUACGCCGACGGAUACGAAGACGAGGAAUGUCUGCGAUGAUGAUUUUGGAGGGAAGUGCAGCGAGGACCCGAAGCGAGUUGAGAAUGGCUGCUGUAAAUAA